AACAUGGAAGAUCGUGUAACGCACUCGUAAACUCAACACGCCACGACCGAGCAGACAACAGCAGCAGCAGCAGCAGUUGGGUCCCACAAGAAGCUCGAGCAGAACCCCGGCCUCCCGCACCAGGGCCGCCCCGCGCUCUCCGCAGCCAAUCGCCCACCGGCAGCCGACCCGUCAGGAGCACCUCGACCCCGCUCUUGCAACCGCCGUCGACUCUCGCGCCAACAGCACCUUCCCCUCUCUCUCUCUUUGAGAACCAACCACACCCCCAACGCCGUACAAGAUGUGCCGCAGCUCCGUGUUCAUCGUCCUCGGUCUGGUAGUGAUGGUCGCUGCUGUUAGCCAGGCCCGCUACCUCCCAACCCGCGCCGAUGACUCCAGGCUCGACGAAAUCAGGGAACUUAUCAGAGAGCUGCUGGAGCGCACAGCAGAGGGAAGCAACAGCAGAAUGAUGGCCAACUCCGGCUACGAAAAGCGGUAUCUCUUCAAGCGAUCUGCAAUCCCCGAAGGCAGCAACAGCAACAACAACAACCUUAGCAACGUUGCAGGAGGCGAAGUAGCGACGCCUCUCAUUAACCUCCCCCAGUAAUUAAAAAAACAAAAACAAAAAAAAGACUAUCCCUCUCAAAAAAACAAAAAAACAAAACAAAACAUAAACCCUCCACACACACACACUAAAAAACAAUAUCUGAGAAGACCCUCUACAUAAAAAUACUCCCAGGUAUAUGAUAGAAACUUUCAACGACCAUAAAUGUUAUCUCAGCCGCGAGUGGGUCUACCGAUGGCGUACACACACCUUGUAAACUCUCUGUCAUGUCAUAUACUGCACUGUGUUCAUUGUUUGUCAUGAUCUUUCAUUUUUCGACAUAAUGAUGUGAAUAUAUAUAUAUAUAUAUAUAUAUAUAUAUAUAUAUAUAUAUAUAUGUAUAUAUAUAUACAUAUGUGCAUAAUUAUAUAUAUGUAUAAGGCAUAUAUAUAUGUAAGCAUAUAAUCCAUAAUAUCAACAUUUUUUGUGAUUAUAAUGAAGAGUUGGAAAAAUAAACGGAAAUAAAGAGAAUGAAAAUCCCUGAA